UAUUAAGGAAAAUUCUACAGUGUGUUGUGUGUUCUAUGCUAAGUUUCCUAACUACAAAAUCGUCAAAGAAAGCGCAAAGCAGCCGGAAGUGGAUCUUUGUUCAUAAAGAGCCAUUUCUUGUCCCUCAAUUUUCUUCCCCAAACCCUAAUACAAAAAACCAUACCCAAAAUUCAUUUCAAUUUCAAUUUCAAUCAAAUCAAAUCAAAUGGCGUCGUCAUCACGUCUGACUUCAAGAUUCAUCUCUCGUCUUCUCCAAACCAAAACCCCCAAUUCCCAAACACGCACAAUCUUCACAACAAUCCGCAACCCACAAUCUCAAACCCGACCCAUAUUCAACCCCCAAUUCCGUUACCUCUCAACCAACCGUCGCAUCCCGACCCGACCCUCCAAACCCGACAUCGGCGCACGUGCCCGGCAGAUGCAAAACCGUAGACUAUGGACAUACGCGAUCACCUUCAGCUGUAUAGCAGGUUUUAUCAUAAUAGUCUUAAAUCAAUUCGAAGACCAGUUAGUUUUUUACGUAACCCCAACAGACGCAUUAUCGAAAUACGUCGAAAACCCGAAUAAGAAUAAAUUUAGGUUAGGCGGGUUAGUGUUAGAAGGCAGUGUGGCGCACCCUGCGUCUUCGCACGAAAUCGAGUUUGUGAUAACUGAUUUGAUUACUGAUAUGUUGGUUAGAUAUGAAGGCCAAGUGCCUGAUUUGUUUAGGGAAGGACAUUCUGUUGUUGUUGAAGGCUUCGUUAAACCGAUAACGGAUAAAAUUAAGAAUGAGGUUGGUGAAAAGAGUGUUUCCGAGAAAGCGAGAAGUGUGGAUUGUUAUUUCUCGGCUAGUGAGGUUUUGGCAAAACAUGAUGAGAAGUAUAUGCCUGCCGAGGUAGCUAAUGCGAUCGAAAAGAAUAAGAAGAUACUCGCUGCUGCUGCUGAAGACGAAGGUAAUAAGGAUCAGAGUGAUGGGGGAAAGGAAGGUGUUUCGAGCUCGUAAUUUGGUGGGAAGGAAGAGAAGUGAAAGGCUUUAAAAAUGAGGAUUUUUGGAUUAACUAUCUGUUGUAGAUUUGAUGAAUUUUGUUGCUAUUGUUAUGGGCAUGGAUGUGUCUGUCAUUGGAUUUUGAUUCUCCGGUUGAAUAAGAAACAUUUUUGAAAGUCUUCUAUGAAAUAAUUGUAUGUUGGUGCUA